AGGUGAGCGGCAGCAGCAGCAGGAGGAGGCUGUCCCUGGGCUCGGCUGCAGCCCCUCCCUGGAAGCCGAGGAAGGCUCGGCAGUAGCUUCUCCGGCGCCCCUUUGGCCUCUGGGGCUCUGGGCGCUGCCCCCUCCGCCAGCCCAGCCCUGGCGCCCUUCGGGGCUGGCGAGGAGGCUCCCCUCGGGGCCUGAGAGUGGGAGAGGCCAAGGACCCCUUCCCCCCCCUCUCUCUCUCUCCCGGGAGGCUCCGCGGGGGAGCUUCUUGCCUCCACUUUUCCUCCCGAGAGCUUUCCCAGUCGGGGAGCCCCCUCUUCCUUCCCUGCUGCCUCCGGGGCUCCUCGGGCGGCAUGGCCUUCGCCAACUUCCGCCGCAUCCUGCGCCUCUCGCCCUUGGACAGGCGCCGCUCCCGGGACUACGAGCACGUGCGCCGGGACCUGGACCCCAACGAGGUCUGGCAGGUCCUCGGGGAGCUGGGCGACGGGGCCUUCGGCAAGGUCUACAAGGCCAAAAAUAAAGAGACAGGUGCAUUAGCUGCCGCCAAAGUCAUUGAGACCAAGAGUGAAGAUGAGCUGGAAGACUACAUGGUGGAAAUUGAGAUCCUUGCAACUUGUGACCACCCUUACAUUGUGAAGCUGCUAGGAGCUUUUUAUCAUGACAGCAAACUAUGGAUCAUGAUUGAGUUUUGUCCUGGUGGAGCGGUGGAUGCUACUAUGCUAGAGUUAGAUCGAGGCUUGACUGAACCACAGAUCCAAGUGGUCUGCCGCCAGAUAUUAGAGGCGCUGAACUAUCUUCACAGCAAGAAGAUUAUCCAUCGGGACCUCAAGGCAGGCAAUGUAUUGCUGACCCUUGAUGGAGACAUCAAGCUUGCUGAUUUUGGAGUAUCUGCCAAAAACUUGAAGACUUUACAAAAACGGGAUUCCUUCAUUGGCACACCAUAUUGGAUGGCUCCUGAGGUGGUGAUGUGUGAAACCAUGAAAGACACCCCUUAUGACUACAAGGCUGACAUCUGGUCCUUGGGAAUAACGCUUAUAGAAAUGGCUCAAAUUGAGCCACCUCAUCAUGAGCUCAAUCCCAUGAGGGUCCUGCUGAAAAUAGCAAAAUCUGACCCUCCCACUCUUAGUUAUCCCUCAAAAUGGUCUCCACAUUUCAAAGACUUCCUGAAGACUGCCCUUGACAAGAAUCCUGAGACAAGACCAAGUGCAGCGCAAUUACUGGAGCAUCCCUUUGUGAGGAAAGUCACUUCUAACAGAGCCCUGCGUGAACUUGUGGCAGAGGCAAAGGCUGAAGUGAUGGAGGAAAUUGAAGACAAUAGAGAGGAAACUGAAGAGGAUGACUCACCAGAAUCCACAUCUGCUCGUGAUGUUCACAAGAGGGACUCCUCUGUUGCAAGCCAACUAAGCUUGGAAGGAGAGAGGUCUCCACAGAACCAUUUGUCCCUUGUUGCCAAUGGACCAAAGUUGCCUUUAGAGCAAGUUAAAGUAGGUGCAAAUGGGCAUGCUGACAUUUACAAUGAAGGGGUUGGUGACAGCAGUUCCAACUUAUCAGGGACAGAAGACUACUUAGCUAUCUCCAGCACCAAAGGAAAGCCAGAUGCAAGCCCCCAGUUGCUGUCACUCAAUGAAAAUAUUCGCACACCAGAGAACCAGGACCUCAACCACCACCAGAAUAAAGACACCGAACCAACCAGAACAGAUGAGCCCACUGUGGGAAGCCGGCCAUUGAGUAGCCUCCUUGAAAUGGAAGAAAAACUCCCCAAUGGGAUCCUGAAUUCUUCUUCUCCAUUUGAAAAUUAUAGCUCAAAAAGAGACUCUGAUUCAGGUAGCACCUCUGCCUCAGAGAGCAUGGACCUCAGCAUCUCCUUGUCUGCUGACCUGUCUGUGAACAGAGAAAAUGGGUCCCUCUCUCUGAAGGAUGCAAAAAUGCAGAAGAUGACCCUGAAACGGACCAGGCGAUUUGUAGUAGAUGGAGUGGAAGUGAGUGUCACCACCUCAAAAAUCAUCAGUGAGGAUGAAAAAAAAGAUGAAGAGAUGAGAUUCCUCAGGCGCCAGGAGCUGCGGGAACUGCGUCUGCUUCAGAAGGAGGAGCACCGGAACCAAACCCAGCUGACAAGCAAGCACCACUUGCAGCUAGAACAAAUGCUGAAGCGCUUUGAACAGGAAAUGAAUACCAAAAAAAAAUUCUAUGACACAGAAUUAGAAAAUCUAGAACGUCAGCAGAAGCAGCAGAUUGAGAAGAUGGAGCAAGAUCACUCACUGCGCCGGCGGGAAGAAACAAAACGUAUCCGUGCUGAGCAAGAACGAGAUCUUGUCAGAUUUCAAGAGCAGCUGAAGCAGAAGAAGAAAGAGCUUAAAAGUGACAUUGAGAAGCUCCCACGACAACAGCGCAAAGGGACUAUGAAAGUAAAGAUGGAAGGUUUUGCACAAAAGAAGCAAGGCAUGGAGCAAGAAUUUACAGCCAAACAGGCUGAGGAUAUGGAGCAGGCCAUAAAGAAUAUUACCACCCAAAAUCGGAAGGAGAUCUGUGACAAGGAGCGGGAGUGCCUCAACAAAAAACAGCAACUUAUGAGGGACCGGGAAGCCACCAUCUGGGAGCUAGAAGAGCACCACCUGCAGGAGAAACACCAGCUUCUUAAACAGCAGCUAAAAGAUCAGUAUUUUCUCCAGAGACAUGAACUGCUGCGAAAACAUGAGAAGGAGCGUGAACAAAUGCAACGAUAUAACCAGCGAAUGAUAGAGCAGCUGAAAAUUCGGCAGCAGCAAGAGAAAGCCCGUCUCCCCAAAAUCCAGAGGAGUGAAGGGAAGACACGCAUGGCCAUGUUUAAGAAGAGUCUCCAUAUUAACUCCAGUGGAAGUGCAUCAGAACAGAGAGAAAAGAUAAAACAGUUUGCACAGCAGGAGGAAAAGAGACAGAAAGCUGAAAGGCUGCAACAGCAGCAGAAACAUGAGAUGCAGAUGAAGGAUAUGACUGCCCAGUGUGAGAGCAACAUGAAUGAACUCCAGCAGUUACAGAAUGAAAAAUGUCAUCUCUUGGUGGAACAUGAGACCCAGAAGCUAAAGGCCUUGGAUGAAAACCACAAUCUGAACCUGAAGGACUGGAGGGAUAAGCUAAGACCACGAAAAAAGGCACUAGAAGACGCAGCUGAUCAGAAACGAGAGCAAGAGUUGUUUUUCAAACUCAACGAGGAGGCUGAUAGUCGUCUCCAGCCAUCACAAACCAAGCCUGCCAAAUUGUCCCAUUUACCUCGCAGAGGCUUCAUAACCUUGGAUUAGGGGCAUGUUGUCUAUAUAUCUGCCUUCAUCUGCUGGUGUGGUGGGGGCGGGAACAAAAGAACUUCCAUGGCUCCUUUCCUUCAGUGCCAGCUCCAGUCAGCAGUCUCUGCUCAGCUAUUUGUGAAAAACAAUCAGUGUGGCCUAAGAUCUACUCCACUAGAGAAAAGACAGAUUUCCAUUUAGUUGGUUCUGGCAGGGGCUGACCACUUGUGCUAGGGGAACUGUGAAUGUACUUCAGGUAGGAGACCUGAGGAUCAGCUCUGUUGAACCCAUUGCCCAGCUAUUGGACAUGUUACUUUUUUAACUCCUGCAGAAAAGAUCAAUGUUAGAGAACCAAGAGAUGUUCAGUGCCUUUUCAAUAAUGUUGUUAAACUUGCCUGUUUCAUUUUCCUCACUAACUCUUCCAUAUAGUGAGUCAGUUGGCUUCAUUAAACAGCAUGAUUAUUGUCUAAGUGGGUGGACUUUGGCCUCAUCCAAGCACAAGAGAUUUAGCUGUGGACAGUACUACAAAAGACAAUUACAAUUACCUGUUUUAUUGUGGCCCCCAUUUCUGUUGAGGAAGUAAAGAGACACCUUCUCCUCCUAGUCUUCUCUUUUGAGGAAACAUCUCUUUUCACCAUGUUCUGGAAUGACCUGGGCGCUCCUCCUGAGAUAUUUGUGCUCUUUUCUGAAGUGUGGGAUAGAGCCUGAAAGAAAAAGUGAAAUGUUCCAAAUCAAUGUCGUACCAAACCCAGGGCUAACAAAUAAGGUAGUCAGAGAUUUGUAGUCUAGUGUGGAAGAGUGGGUUUUCAUUACUAUGAAACAUGUCUUCAGCUGUAGGCAUUGCUGUUCAAUGGGGGGCAAGGAGGAGUUUUACAUGAACCACACUUUUAAAUCAGUAAGCCCGGUAAAAUGUCACACAGUUCAGAUCUGAAAGGGUGGGGAAUGCAGCUAAGCAAAGUCUUCCCAUUGAUUGCUUUCUGUCUUCUCUUAGGCUGGUAUUACCAUCUAAAAAGGGGCAUAAUGACCAGCCUGUCUACUUCACAAUAGUUGAUGCCGGUUGCCUUUCUUUUCUAUUUAAGUCAGUUUGUCUGGUUGCCCCCCCACCCCACAACACCAUUGAAUAGAGAGUUCUCUUUCCAACUCCCAUUUUUUCUAGGGGGGGCCUAUGGUCAGGUCAUAACUAGAAUGAAGUGGCCGAUCUUCAAUAUAAAAAUAGCAAUAUAAACACAGGUGUUGCCUUUAAAAUUUCUAGCAAGGUAAAGGUACCUUGCUGUCUCAGCUCCACAGAUGUGACUUCCAUAGAACAGUAAAUACCAGUGUUGAAUUGUUCUUUUUAGUCCCAAUCUUAACUCACUGGAUGCGCUGUGAUUAGAAGGCAUGCUUUUAACAUAAGUUAUUCUCUGUUCUGCAUGAUUUGAGUCAUCAUCUCUAUCUCUGCUUUUCUCUGAGUCUGCAGCAAGUCAGAAGGGUGUAUAUAAGAGGUGACACAUACAGUAUAGCAGGAUAUUUACAUGUUUGAAUGGUGAAAAUGUUCAGCACCUCACUGUCCUUACAUUUUUGCAAAUUCCUUUUUAACCAAGAUGUAUGAUUCUCCCCAGCUUGUUUUGAUUUAUUAACAAUAUUUGGAAGGUUUUAUCCCCGCUAGGUAACUUAUCAGAGUCUUACUUUUGAACAUCUGGACAGCUAGUCAUUGGGAUAAAUGUUUAAUUUGGUACUUAUUCAGGUAAUAAAAGCAAACAAAGUCUACACAAUUUGUCAUCUUUAAAAAGUACCACCAUAUUAUGGUGGCCAUCUGGUCCAACUUUCCCUUUUAUAUCUACAAGUCUAAACCUUCCAACAGGGUACAUUGCCUUUUAUGUAUGCAAUAAUGCUUUUGGUUCUGGUGUAUCCUAUGAAGCAAUGUUGCUGAGGACAUGGUUAUCUCUUUACAGUGUAUUUGCAGGGGACCAAGUGGAACUGAAGGCUGCUGGCAGUUUGAAGUUCUGCGAAUAGAGUAAGAGCAAGAAUCCAUUAAUGUGCUGGCACCAGAAUUAGUGUAUGACCAAAAUAUCUGUUUAAGGGACUUCAGAUUCUGAGUUUAGAGUCUAGAAAAUGUACACUGAAAAGCACUUUAAUUCUUCAUUGUAUUUUUUAAAAUCUUUGUCAGGGACACAUUUAUACAUCACAAUCAGCCAUGGUUCUUCAGUAUGAAUGAGCCAGUGUGCUUGUGUGUACUCAUUCCCACCGGGCUCCUUUUGCAAAUGGAAAAAGUUCAAAGACUGGCAGACCUUCCUUCCAUGGUUUAUUGGGACAUAUGAAGAAGGAACUCUGAUUUGUCUAACCAUUUGUUUUUUCACUCUGGCUUGUCUGGGGAGAGAUAAGCCAGAAUUCCUAGUUUGAAGGUCGUAACACAUAAACCUGGGACAGAAAGUGCAUGGUUAAUAUGGGCCCUGGACAGACGGGCCUUUAGCAUGUAAUGAAUACGUGCUAGGGUUGCCUCGCGACGUUGCUUACAUGGGCGCACUGAUAUCACAGCACCAUUGGCUCACUCAGCGCACAGCGCCAUUGGUGCACUCUGGCAUCACAAGUGCUCCGGAAAAAGAACCCACUUUUUGCGGAUUGUUUUUGCUGCACGAGGGAGCCACGCGGUUUGUCCGCUGCAGCUCCCUCACGCAGCAAAACAAAGCACUGGCAGACCACCCUUUUUGGGCGGUCUGUACCCCACCUUAGAUUGUCCCUUCUUGCUGAAAGAGCCAGGCAGGAGGAAUCAAGCAGUAUGCAGCACCAUAUUACUUGAGCCCUAGUGGUUAAGAUUCAAACCUUGGCUUAUUGUGUGUGAGAAUCAAGUGUGUGUGUGUGUGUGUUUGUAUGUGAGAGAGAAACUGAACAAAGCCUACAGAAUGUUCUUGGAAAUUUUAAAAAGCAGGGGCUGAUUUCUGUGCUAGCUUCCUGUUGCAAAUUACUGAAAAUUAUAUAUUUAAAUUUAUACACAUGUGUGUGCAGACACACAAAUCCACAUGUUGUUCCACCUCUAAGAUAUCAAACUGUAGUUGAUGGUUUGAACGUUACACAAAUUCACAGUUGCAGUAUCUUUCUCUUUUGCCAGUCUGCUUUUGACUGAUACCAAGAGGUGCUGUGAUAUCAGUGAAGUGCAAUAUACUUACCUCACACAGUGUUUAAAGGAAGCUUCUCCAAUCUUUUUAAUGCAAGAAAGUGUCACUUUCUUUCAAGUAACCUUUUUCCAAUCCUGUAAAAUCAAUGUACUUUUUCCCCUGUUGGGAUAGAGUUCUGGUGUGUUUCCAUAGUGGGUUAAAUAAGAGUUUUUGGAUUUUAUUUUCCUAAAAGGUAUUCUCUCUUUGGAUAACCACUAUGAUGUAAGUAAUCUAAUAAAACAUGACCACAGUGAACAGAACUCUCUGUAACUGUUGUGUAUUGUUUUAGGGCCCAGCAGUGCUGACUUGAGUUGUAUUUAUACAUAAACCCGGUGUGAGAGUAAAAGGAAUCAUGUUUGUUGGAAUUACAACCAUCCUGACCAACAGCUUUCAGUCCCUGAACCAAACAUAUUCCUAAAAUAUAUAUUGUGUCAUUUCAGCACAUUUGUACUGAAAUGUGUUGGUAAUAAACAACUAAUUCUUCAAGUGAACCCCAGGUGGAGCUGUUGCUGUAUAUCUGAACAUAUCUAAAAGAUUACUUUUUUGGCAGAGAGGAAGGUCUCCACUCCCCAUCAAUUGCCAUUCUGUCUCUUGCUCUAUCUAUCU